CACCUGGUAAAUACGUGUUGAAAGGAUGGAUGGAUGGAUGGGUGGAUGGGUACAUACUUACUGCCUAGGUAGAUCUAUAGGUCAGUCUCCAUGGUGGGAUGGGAAGACGCAGGUGGGGAGAAAGUCAGGCUUGUUCCAUGGACUCUGUGAGCCCCCAGUGGAGUUAGCACUUAUACAGAAAAGGACAUCAUCACCUCUUUGCCCUGACUCCUCUCCACUACAUGGAAGCUGGCAACUCCCAGAGGCCAACAAAUGAAUCAUCAAUUCCUGGUCACCCAGAGCAAAAUUCUGACCCUCUCCCCAAGCCCAAGGCCUCCUUCUCCCCCUGAGCCCCAAUUCCCUAACAUUUUCUCUUCUUCACCAGGUAUCUCUCAGGAGUAUCCCAAGAUUCUCAACGGCACUAAUGGGACCAGCGGGUUUCUCCCGGGGGGCUACACCUGCCGUCCCCACUCUCAGCCCUGGCAGGCAGCCCUACUGGUGCAAAAGCGGCUGCUCUGUGGGGGAGUCCUUGUUGACCCCAAAUGGGUCCUCACUGCAGCACACUGUCUGAAGGAAGGGUACAGAGUUUACCUGGGCAAGCAUGCCCUGGGGCGUGUGGAGGCCGGAGAGCAGGUGAGGGAGGUAGUCCGCUCUAUCCCCCACCCUCAAUACCAGAUCAGCCCCACCCACCUGAAGCAUGACCACGACAUCAUGCUUCUGGAGCUGCAUUCACCGGUCCAGCUCACGAACCACAUCCGUGUUGUGCCCCUCUCCCAAGACUGCCUCCCUGCUGGCACCUGCUGUCGGGUGUCUGGCUGGGGCACCACCACCAGCCCCCAGGUGAGUUACCCCCCAACCUUACAAUGUGCCAACAUCCAGCUUCGCUCAGAUGAGGAGUGUCAUCAGGUCUACCCGGGGAAGAUCACACCCAACAUGCUGUGUGCUGGCACAGAAGAGGGUGGCAAGGACUCCUGUGAGGGCGACUCCGGGGGCCCCCUGAUCUGUAAUGGAACACUCCAUGGCAUCAUCUCCUGGGGAGACUUCCCAUGUGGGCAGCCCAACCGGCCUGGUGUCUAUACUCGAGUCUCUCAAUAUGUUGUGUGGAUCCGAGAAACGAUUCAAAAACACAGGACCCAAGAGUGGAAACGGACGAAGGGGAAGGGCCCACAGUAAAAGCUGAGUUGGCUCACCUGCCUUCUUCCUCCCUCCCUCCCUCCCUCCCUCCCUCCCUCUGCACCCUCCUCACUCCAUUGGCCCAGCCCUUCUCUGCCCCUCCCAAAGUUCCACUUGAACCAGUGAUCCGUAUUCUCAGAACCUCUGAUCCCGGCCAACAUUUCGUGUUUCAGAAGCAUUCAGUCACUUCCGAUAUCAUGGUCUCCCACAUACUGCAUCCUGAAAUACCUCAGUACCCUCAAUAUCUCAACCCAAUGUUCCAGGACUCCCACUGUUUCAACAGAAUCCCAGAUAGCCAUCUGAAUGUUCUGUCUGUGGAAUACCCUUAAAUACAUUCAUUGACUCAUCUCAACAAUA